AUGAAUGAAGGUCAAGCUUGUCGACAUUUGUGGUACACUCUUCCGUGGUCUUUUGAUGAAUUCUUUCAAUUAUACCUUUCAGAUAGACGCAUAACCGAAAGAGAAAUAUGCGCGUAUCCUUCUUCAAUCGCUACCAUUCGUUCAUCCUCUUUUAUUCCAUUGAAUGGAAGAGGUGACACCUUAUUAUCGCCUAAUUUUUCAUUGGUUCGCACGUUACCUCUCGAUAAUGUUGACUUACACAGCUUUCGUUUUUCUGAAGCAACUAUACGUGUAACUAUUCCUACACAUUAUAUCAUUUUGAUAAAUAAUAUUUGCUGUUUAAAUAAUUGUUUAUUUACAUUAAAUAUUCGUUCCAUUCAUAUUUCACUUUACUCAUCAUCAAAUAUUGUCGAUAUCAAUUGGAAUUCAUUACAUGUAUUGUCGUUACUUCCAUUGUUAAAAUCACUACGCAUUGUUGUAUAUAAUGAAAAAAAGAUUCUCGAUAGCAAAGAUUGUCAAAUAAUCGUCGAAAUAUUGUCGAUGCUCAACAACUUUGCCUUUUGUUUUCGAACAAAUAAUGAUUAUUGUAGAGAUACUGCUAUUGAUAUCUAUGACGUCUAUGGUAAAUCAAUAGUCAACUUGCGCCAUCAUAUAUUUACUUAUUUACUUGAUCAACAAUUUGAUAUCAUUAUCGAGUCCGAUGGCUGCGGACUAGCUGUGUGGUUGUGA